GUUUUGUGGUUUAAGUUAUGUAUUUUUAUUCUCUUAAAACAAUAUUAUAGAAAAGACUGCCAUUGCCAGUUGGCCAGUGCAGUUUAAAAAAAAAACUAACGCUGUGCUGUCAUAGUAUUUACCUACUAAAUUCAGUAUUUACAUCGUUCGUCAAGAAAUUAUCACUUUAAUUUUAAGACAAACAACGAGGAUUUUGCACUAAUGUACAAGAAUGAGCAAUAAUUAAUAAUACCAUACAUUCUUUGCAUCAUAAAUUAUUACGACAGAAUUGACAAAAAUCACAGUUUAUCUGUGCGUGCUUUGGAAUUUUUACAACUUAAAUAAUUGUGCAAAAAGCAAUGUCUGUAAGUGAAAAAGUGUCGUUAUCGGAUGCUCUGAGCAACGUAGAUGUGUUGGAUGAGCUGACUUUGCCGGAUGAACAGCCAUGUAUCGAAGCAGCACCUUGCUCGAUCCUGUAUCAAGCUAAUUUCGAUACUAACUUUGAAGACCGCAAUGGGUUCAUCACCGGUAUCGCAAAGUACAUAGAGGAAGCGACCGUCCACGCCAACUUGAACGAGCUCCUGGAAGAAGGGAACGCCCACGCUGUCAUGCUGUACACGUGGCGUUGCUGCAGCCGUGCCAUACCUCAGCCCAGGUCCAAUGAACAACCAGACCGGGUUCACAUAUACGAGAGGACCGUUCAAGUGCUGGCUCCUGAGGUUGAUAAGCUCUUGCAGUUCAUGUAUUUCCAGCGCAAGGCCAUAGAAAGGUUCUGUGCUGAAGUGCGUCGGCUGUGCCACGCGGAGAAGAGGAGGGACUUCGUCUCCGAAGCCUACCUCCUGACCCUCGGCAAGUUCGUGAACAUGUUCGCGGUCCUCGACGAGCUGAAGAACAUGAAGAGUUCGGUCAAGAAUGAUUACUCGACUUACAGAAGGGCGGCGCAAUUCCUGAAGGUGAUGUCCGACAGUCAGAGCCUGCAGGAGUCUCAGAACCUGUCCAUGUUCCUCGCGACCCAGAACAAGAUCAGAGACACGGUCAAGGAUGCCCUAGAGAAAAUUAACGGUUACGAAGACUUGUUGGCUGAUGUGGUCAAUAUAUGCGUGCACAUGUUCGAGACAAGAAUGUAUUUGACUCCAUGCGAGAAACACAUGCUCGUGAAGGUUAUGGGCUUCGGACUCUUCCUCAUGGACUCAGAGGUGUGCAACAUCAAUCGUUUGGAUCAGAAGAAGAAGAUACGUCUGGACCGCAUCGACAGGAUCUUCAAGAACCUCGAAGUGGUUCCACUGUUUGGCGACAUGCAAAUAGCUCCUUUCAAUUACAUCAAGAGAUCGAAACACUAUGAUCCGAAUAAGUGGCCCCUGUCCUCGAGCCCCAACCCGCCCUCGCCGCAGGCCGACCUGAUGGUCCACCUGCCCCAGAUCCGGGAGGAGCACCAGAACUACAUAUCCGAGCUGGCCCGGUACAGCAACGAGGUGACGACCACUUUCAAAGAGGCGGGUUCGGACUCCGAGAACAAGGCGGUGACGGAGCUCUGUCUGCGCGGCCUGCAGCUGCUGUCCUCCUGGUGCUCGGUGCUCACGGAGCUGUGCUCGUGGAAGCUGCUCCACCCGACGGACCACACCAUCAACGCGCGGUGUCCCCCCGAAGCCGAGGAGUACGAGAGGGCGACGCGUUACAACUACACGUCCGAGGAGAAGUUCGCCAUGAUCGAGGUGAUCGCGAUGAUAAAGGGCCUCCAGGUCCUGAUGGCGCGGAUGGAGACCGUGUUCGCGGACGCGGCCAGGAGGUCCAUAUACGCGGAGCUGCAGGACUUCGUGCAGCUCGUCCUGCGGGAGCCCCUGAGGAAGGCCAUCAAGAACAAGAAGGACCUCAUCCGGAGCAUAAUAGUGUCGGUUCGGGAGACGUGUGGUGACUGGGCGCGCGGCUGCGAGCCUCAGCAGGACCCGGCGCUCAAGGGGAAGAAGGACGGCGAAGCCAGCUUCACCAUCAAGGUGCCCAGAAGGAAUGUCGGUCCCUCAUCGACCCAGCUCUACAUGGUGAGAACGCAGCUUGAGGCCCUCAUAUCGGACAAGUCCGGAGGCCGGCGGACUCUUCGGAAAGACCUGGACGCAGCCACCCUGCAUCAGAUCGAAAGCUUCCACAGAACCAGCUUUUAUUGGUCCUACCUGCUGAACUUACCUGAUUCCCUGCAGAAGUGCUGCGAUCUGUCUCAACUCUGGUAUAGAGAGUUUUAUCUCGAAAUGACAAUGGGAAAGAAAGUUAAUAAAUGCAUGGUGCGUCAUCAGCACAACGAGGAGUGCAACGACCUGGUCACGAUGGAGAAGCGGAUACAGUUCCCCAUCGAGAUGUCCAUGCCAUGGAUAUUGACCGAGCACAUAUUAAGGACCAAAGAACCGGCGAUGAUGGAAUACGUCCUGUACCCGCUGGACCUGUACAACGACUCGGCCCAGUACGCGCUGACCGUCUUCAAGAAGCAGUUCCUCUACGACGAGGUGGAGGCGGAAGUCAACCUCUGCUUCGAUCAGUUCGUGUACAAGCUCUCCGAGCAGGUCUACGCGUACUACAAGCAGCUGGCCGCGAGCAUGCUGCUGGAUAAGCGCUACCGUGCCGAGUGCUUGUCGCGAGGCGCGGGCGUCGGUGUCGGUCCAGGCCGGUACGCCUCCUUACUCAAGCAGAGGCACGUGGCUCUACUGGGACGGCACGUCGACCUCUGCGCGCUGGUGGCGCAGCGUAUCAACUCGGACAUGCACCGCGCUCUGGACGCGGCCAUCGCGAAGUUCGAGGCCGGGGACAUCACCGGCGUGGUGGAGCUGGAGGGGCUGAUCGCGGUGAACCGUCUCUGCCACAAGCUGCUCAGCCGCUACCUGACCUUGGACGACUUCGAGGCGGUGCUGCGGGAGUCGGACCACGGCGUGCUGGCCCCGUACGGCAGGGUCACGCUGCACGUCUUCUGGGAGCUCAACUACGACUUCCUGCCGAACUACUGCUACAACGCUGCGACAGCGCGGUUCGUGAAGUGUCGCGGGAUCCAGUUCGCGGCCAACGUGCAGCGGGAGCGCCCGCAACAGUACGGGCACGCGCUGCUGUGGGGCUCCAAGCAGCUCAGCCUCGUGUACUCCGCGCAGUACACGCAGUACAACGGGUUCGUGGGGGCGGCGCACCUGCACGCGCUGGUCCGGCUGCUGGGCUACCAGGGCGUGGCCGUGGUCGUGGGCGAGCUGCUGGGUGUGGCCCGUGGACUGCUGCACGGCUCGCUGGCGCAGUUCACGCGGGCCCUGCUCGCCGCGCUGCCGCGACACUGCCGCCUGCCCAGAUACGACUACGGCUCCAAUGGCGUGCUGGGCUACUACCACGCGCAGCUGACGGACAUCGUGCAGUACCCCGACGCGAAGACGGAACUCUUCCACGCCUUCAGGGAGCUCGGGAACAUCAUCCUGUUCUGCAUGCUGAUCGAGCAGGCUUUAAGCCAAGAGGAGGUGACGGAUCUGCUCCACGCGGCGCCCUUCCAGAACAUUCUGCCGCGUCCCUACAGCACAGUUGCAGACGGUGAUAAGCCCGAAUCAAAACAAAAACGUCUGGAGGCCAAGUACGCGUCCCUACAGAUCGUCCAUAAUGUCGACAAGUACGGCACCGCCAAGCAAGGUCAGCUGUCCCGCGAGGGCGACCUGCUGACCCGCGAGCGGCUGUGCUGCGGCCUGUCGCUGUUCGGCGUGGUGCUGCGGCGGCUGCGCACCUGCCUCGCCGCGCCCGCCUGGCCCGCGCCCCCCGCCGCGCACCACGCGCACACCGACGACACCAACGAGUUCCACAGAUUGUGGUCAGCCCUGCAGUUCCUGUACUGCAUUCCGGUCGGCGACACCCAGUUUACCGUCGAGGAACUGUUCGGCGAGGGUCUCCAUUGGGCCGGCUGCACCAUCAUCGCUCUCCUGGGGCAGCAGAGGAGGUUCGAGGCGCUGGACUUCUGCUACCACAUCCUGAGGGUGCAGAGGGUCGACGGAAAGGAUGAACUGGUCAAAGGCAUUCCCCUCAAGCGGAUGGUGGACCGCAUCAGGCGGUUCCAAGUGCUGAACUCGCAGAUCUUCGGCGUGCUGUCCAGGCAGCUGUCCGCGGACGACGCGGCCGGCGUCGAGCACGUGCGCUGCUUCCCGCCCCCGCAGGCGCCGCUUACGCUCAACUGAGCCGCCGCGCGACCAGAACUCGACGAAAAUUCCAUUUUUUUUUAUUACUUAGAUCAGCCUUUCCCAAAGUGGGUGAUAACGCCCCCUUAUGGGCGCUGAAGGCCUAAAGGGGGCGGUAAGAGACCCAGAAAAAAAUUGGGGGCGCUGUGUAGAGGUUUGGGAGGCAAUUUGUAAUUUUAUCUAGAAGGACUCUUAGACACCGACUGAGCUCUCUCGCUAUAGAGGUCUUGAAGUAGGUGAUAAAAUGGGGGCGCUAAAAAAUAAUUUAUUCUCAAAGUGGGCAGUAGACAAAAUAAGUUUGGGAACCCCUGGUUUAGAUGGUUGGACGAGCUCACAGCCCAGCUGUUAAGUGGUUACUGGAGCCCAUUGACAUCUACAAUGUAAAUGCGCCACCCACCUUGAGACUAAGGUCUCAGUAUAGUUACAACGGCUGCUCCAUCCUUCAAACCGAAACGCAUUACUGCUUCACGGCAGAAAUAGGCAGGGUGGUGGUACCUACCCGCACGGAUUCACAAGAGGUCCUACUACCAGUAAUUGUAAUUAUACUUUUAACGUCUAUUAGCCUUCAGUAAUUUCAAUUCCAUUUGAAUUUUAUGUUGUUUGGCUGUUUUGUUGAUGUCCAUGAGCCACGGUGACCUCAUGUGGGUCAUAUACCUACAAAGUUCAUAAAGGGCCAACAAUAUCGAUUUGUGAUUACACGGUGUGCCAAAAAAGUGCUUCACAGAGCUUUAUCUCUGAGCCCCUCAACUUACCAUCAGUUGGGCCGUAUGCUCGCCAACCUACAGUAGCGAUUGGAGAGAAUCUGAGAUAUUAAUGUCCUUAAUAUCAAAGCUCGCGAUGCCUUAAUGGUGUAGGAACUAAACAUUUUGUAACACCCUGUAUAAUUGUUACUAUGAUAUAAUUAAAACUAAGCCAUUCCUAUGACGUACACGUGGGGACGCUUAUGAUCGUCUGAGCAGCGUUCUAGACGCGCAUGUCACUUGUAAUUGUAAUAAUAUUAGUUUUUUUUUAAGAAUAUCUUUAGAGGCAUUAAGACGGACAAAAACUAAAAAAUAUUUUGGUAUAUGUACUGUGGUAUACAUACUUACGCAUUUAGACAGACAGACACUCCAAUUUUAUUUAUUUGUGUAGAUAUAUAAAUGAGGAUUUUUGUAAAAUUAUUUCGAACUCAAGACAAAUAGUAUUAGAAAGUAAUUAUUUGAAGCGAUUUGAUUUUUACUACUAAUAUUAGACUUUUUGGCUCGAUUUUUUUGUUAUAUUGUAUUAAAUGUACUAAAAUCAUUGUCUAAUAUAGUAAUUAUAUUUGUAAUGUUUUUAUAAUUGUCGGAGAAUUGAGAAGCGAAAUGUUUUGUACGCUAUACAUUGCAUGCUCAUGAUACUCUUUGUAUUUAUUACUGAUACAUUGAACGUUUAAAUUUUAUGUUUAGAUAGCCGUCUCGUCUUCUCCAUUUUUAAUAUAUCGACAACACAUUGACAUUGUCAAUAGUAAAGUGCGCGUAUGCCAAUCUUGCAGCACUCAAUACUUGUGUUGUUUCUCAAUACAAUUUUAUUAUUAAAUAUAAAUUAAAUCAAAGCUAUGAUAAAUAAA